GGACUCAACGGUAGGAGUAAGCAGAAUCAUGCUAUUAAAUUCCAUCGAUAGAAUCAGGACUUGGGGCUGUAAAUGAUGAGAGUUGGUGAUAUUCUUUUUUAGUGGUGAAGGUUUGAAGGAACAAGUGAUUUAAUCGAUUGAACAAAACAGAGAUGUUCUCACUCUUUUAUGGACUCUGGAAGUACAUAUUUAGUAAGACAGAGUUUCAUGUACUGAUUCUUGGAAUCGACAAGGCUGGGAAAACAACUUUGUUGGAGAAAUUGAAAUCCCUAUACUCAAACUUGGAAGGCUUACCACCUGAUCGAAUUGUUCCGACUGUGGGGCUUAAUAUUGGUCGAGUCAAAGUUUUAAACACAAAACUUGUGUUCUGGGACCUGGGAGGCCAGCCUGGCCUUCGCUCAAUUUGGGAGAAAUACUAUGAAGAGGCACAUGCUGUGGUAUUCGUAAUUGAUGCUGCCUGCCCUUCUCGUUUUGAAGAUUCAAAAUCUGCACUUGAAAAAGUUCUUAGACACGAGGAUCUGCAGGGAGCCCCUCUCUUGAUAUUAGCAAACAAGCAGGAUCUCUCCGAAGCUGUAACAGCCGAAGAAUUAUCACGAUAUCUUGAUCUUAAAAAAUUGGAUGAAAGGGUUUACAUGUUUGAGAAUGUUUCUGCUUUUGAUGGGUCGGGAAUCAAAGAAGGCGCGGAGUGGUUAGUGGAGGUAAUGGAAAGAAGCAAGAGAACCGAAAUGUUGAGAAAUCGUGCAGGUGUGGCUGGUCCAACUUAGAGCUUUAGAGGGGGGACGAUACCAGGUUAAAAAUAUCCUGCUUUUUUGUAG